UUGCAGGACCUCAGUUCAGCAUCUUUCUUCGGUCGGUUCGGUUGGAAAAUACAAAAGACCCAAAAAGGAUACCACGGCCUAUAAUCUCUCAGCAUCCUUGAAGAAGUUAAACAUCAAUUUUCUGACACCCUGAAAAAAUAAACAAGUGUAGUGUGGGCGGAAGCUUAGAUGAAGAUUUAAGAGUGUUUUAUAUGUCACAUUUUGUGGUAGCCGCUUAAUGUUGAUUCCUUGAGACCGUACUCAUAGCACGUAUAACACGCAGCAAUCCUGCCGUGACAUAGCAAUUACUGAUAAAUUAUUUAACAAAUAAAAAAAAAAAUUAUUCUACCACGUUUCUUUUUGGUGUUUUGUGUAAUUUUGCAAUAUAUUCUUUUGUAAUAUUAAACAAAAAGGAAGAAAAAAAGAUUAAAAAAAAAAGUAAAAAUAUUGUUUCCUUUUCUCCACCCAAAAAUUCAUAGGAGAUUGCCAGAAAAAAUGUUGGGUCAAAAUUAGUUUUUAAAUAUUUAUAAUCAAAUGUGAGUGAUAUGCAGUGCGUAUGAGUGUUAUUUUCUUUUCUGUUUUUUUGUUUUUUUCAUCUGUGUUGUUUUUGUAUAAUGGAAAUGGUGAUUUGAAAAUUUUCAAGGAUACACACGCAAAAAAGCAGUUUGACUUUUGACUUGGUCUUUUUUUUGGAUUACGGGCCAUGGAAACUGGGGUAUUGGAGCAAAAUAAUUAAACCACCGUGAAGCAUCAGCCAGAAGCAUCAAAGGACUCACUCUUUUCACCCACCCACCGAACAUAACCAUCAACGAAACUCGGAACGAAACGUUUCGUGCAAAUAUAAAAUAAGCAAUUUGGAUAUCCUUGACAGCAUCAAAACGAAAUUAUUGUAGUUUUGGUAUCAAAAGAGAUCUCCUCUGGGCAGAGGAAAAACACACACACAAACAAAAUUAGCCAACAACAAGAUGUCCUUGAACCAGCAGCAAUAAAAUAUCCCUUUUAUCCUUCUCGCAAACUUGAUAGCCACCGUAAUGAGACAAAAGGGAGGAGGUCUCUGGCGAUGAUGAUAAAGAUGAUGACAUCCGCAGCCUUCUUUACAAACCAGGUAUAUCCUUAAACGACACUUUGGAAUAAUUACAAGAAAUACAUCAAACUCAAACACCAACACAAAAUCACAAAGACACAAACGACGAUAAUACAAAAUAUGUGAAAGGAGAACAUUUUGGGGCUCUUGGUAAUUCUAAUGGUGUCCACAUCAGGCGAAGCAUUGUCCGUAACACAGUUUUACGAUUAUGGCAAAACAUUUAGCCAUAUCCUUGGAUCUGGUUUUGAUUAUCCUUCACCAUGUUUCGACGAUAAGUUUUGCCAACAUCGAUCACAGUGAAGGGUCUAACCUCAAAGCAACAAAGAACCAACCACCAGAACUGGAAAUAAUCAAAAAUAACGGUAGCCAGGGAAUAGUUGAGGUAGAUGAAAAUCCAAACUUUAACCAAAGCCUUGUCGAUAAGUCUGCAUGUAAUCAAAGUGAUAACAAUUCUGUCCGUCCGUGUGUGAAAGUGCAGGAAACCAACACCAAUACCAGUAGUAGUAGCCUCCAGCAGCAGCAGCCUUUCUUGUCCUCUUCUGUAGAGCAAACAAUCAAAGGACACUCAUCUACGUUAUCGUCCUCGUCCUCAUUUCUGUUACCAACAACAACAACAACAACAAGUAGCAGCAAUCUUCUUCACCCAAAGUUCAAUAGGACAAAAAAGAUUAAAGCAAAGGAUACUCGUCGUGAGCUGCUGUCUUUGAGGAUGCACGCUGCUCACGGUCAUCCGCCGCAACAGCAACACCUCAUCAACCAACAGCAUCAGCAACACCAACACCAAGCGUUUCCGUUCAAAGUAAACCAGGUGUUCGAAAACGAACGCAAAUUUCGAAGAAGUGGAAUUGCUAGCAAUGGCAAAAUCGUUUUGUUGGGAUUGUUUGAACUAUCGACGAGGCAUGGUCCUCGACCGGAUGGGCUUAGUGAAUUGGGGGCAGCGAUGAUGGCUGUGCAGCAUAUAAAUCGAAAACGACUGUUGCCGGGUUAUACCUUGGAGCUGGUGACGAAUGAUACUCAGUGUGAUCCUGGAGUGGGAGUGGAUCGAUUCUUCCAUGCCAUCUAUACACAACCCUCAACUCGAAUGGUUAUGCUACUUGGUUCCGCCUGUUCUGAGGUUACAGAAAGUCUGGCAAAAGUUGUGCCCUACUGGAAUAUUGUACAGGUAUCUUUUGGGUCGACAUCGCCAGCUCUAAGCGAUCGUCAGGAAUUUCCUUAUUUCUAUCGCACUGUUGCUCCAGAUUCAUCUCAUAAUCCGGCGAGAAUUGCAUUUAUUCGUCGAUUUGGCUGGGACACGGUGACAACAUUUUCCCAGAACGAAGAAGUGCAUUCGUUGGCCGUAAACGACCUGGUUACAGAGCUUGAGGCAGCGAAUAUAUCGUGUGCGGCAACUAUCACGUUUGCGGAAACGGAUUUUCGAGAGCAAUUGCUUCUGCUGAGGGAACUAGAUACAAGAAUUAUCAUUGGAAGUUUUUCCCAAGAACUGGCUCCUCGAAUUUUUUGCGAAGCACACAAACUACGUAUGUUCGGCGCUGACUAUGUUUGGAUUUUGCAUGAAGAGAGCAUGGGUCCACCGUGGUGGGAUCGAGUCCCACAAGCCUGCACCGUUCCAGAGUUACGAGCAGCUGUCGAGAAUUUAAUAAUUGUGUCCAGCCACAAUAGCAUUGUUGGCAACAACAGCAGUCUCAGUGGAUUGAACAACGCCAUGUUCAACAAUGAACUUAUGACACAAUUUGAUAUAAGCAAUGUUGUGUCGAAGUAUGCACCGCAGACUUAUGAUGCAGUUUGGGCAAUUGCAUUGGCGUUGCGUGGAGCUGAAGAGCAUUGGAAAAAGGAUGCAAUUCAAUCAAAGUUGGACCGAUUCGAUUAUACAAGAAGUGAUAUGGCUUGGGAGUUCUUGCAGCAGAUGGGAAGACUCGAUUUUCUGGGUGUUUCGGGUCCAGUGUCAUUCAGUGGCCCCGAUCGAAUCGGUACAACAGCCUUUUAUCAAAUACAACGAGGCUUCCUCGAACAAGUGGCUUUGUUCUAUCCAGCAGAGGAUUUUUUAGAUUUCAAUUGCCCCAAGUGCUAUGCCAUCAAAUGGCACACCGGACAGGUGCCAAUAGCCAAGCGAGUGUUCAAAGUUCGAGUGGCAACGGUUGCUCCAUUGGCCUUCUAUACAAUUGCCACCCUUUCGUCGGUGGGAAUAGCUCUAGCUUUAGCUUUUUUAGCCUUUAACCUACACUUUCGAAAAUUAAAGGCAAUCAAACUUUCAAGUCCGAAGCUGAGCAACAUUACCGCUGUUGGAUGUAUCCUUGUGUACACAGCCGUUAUACUCUUGGGAUUGGAUUACUCUACGCUGCCAUCGGCCGAGGACUCAUUCUCAACAGUUUGUACGGCUCGGGUGUACCUGCUGUCGGCGGGAUUCUCACUGGCAUUCGGUUCAAUGUUUGCAAAGACCUACCGUGUCCACAGGAUAUUCACCCGCACAAGUAGUGUGUUUAAAGACAAAAUGCUGCAGGACACUCAAUUGAUAUCGUUGGUUGGAGCAUUGCUGCUGCUUGAUGGAUUGGUCGUGACACUGUGGGUCUUCACCGAUCCCAUGGAGAGACAUUUGAAUAAUUUAACAUUGGAAAUCAGUAGCAGCGACAGGAGUGUUGUAUAUUUACCGCAGGUUGAAGUUUGUCGUUCCCAGCACACCCAAAGCUGGUUGGGUGCUUUGUAUGCGUACAAGGGAUUGCUAUUAGUUGUUGGCGUGUACAUGGCCUGGGAGACGAGACAUGUGAAAAUACCCGCCCUCAAUGAUUCCCAAUACAUUGGGGUAUCUGUGUAUAGUGUUGUAAUAACGAGUGGCAUUGUUGUUGUCCUAGCCAAUCUCAUCUCGGAGCGUGUCACUUUGGCCUUCAUCACAAUCACAGCUCUCAUCUUGACGUCAACAACGGCUACAUUAUGUCUGCUCUUUAUACCAAAACUUCAUGAUAUUUGGGCAAGAAAUGAUAUUAUUGACCCGGUUAUUCAUAGCAUGGGUUUGAAAAUGGAAUACAAUACAAGGAGAUUUGUUGUCGAUGACCGAAGGGAAUUACAAUAUCGAGUCGAAGUUCAAAAUCGGGUUUAUAAAAAGGAGAUUAUCGCCUUGGAUGCGGAGAUAAGAAAGUUGGAGAAAAUGCUGGAGACGAGUACAUCGACGGCAACGUCAUCGAGUACGUCAAUUAUGGGACAGCAUAAGGUGAGCUUGCCCGAAGUGACAGUAAUUCCUCCCACCAAGCGUAAAUCUCGAACUCCCAGCAUAAGCGGAGUUAUACCGAAUCUCCUACUAUCCGUUCUGCCACCUGUAAUUCCACGAGCCAGUUGGCCAUCAGCCGAAUAUAUGCAAAUGACGAUGCGUCGUUCGGUAACCUUCGCCUCCCAGCCCCAACUCGAAGAUCGCACAAUCAAUGAAUCCUGCCUGCCAGCGGCAGACCUACUCAACCUUCGACUUGCCCAUCAACAAGCCACAGAGGCAAAGACUGGUUUCAUGAAUCGAAUACGUGGAAUUUUCUCGCGUACCACAUCAAGCAAUAAAGGUUCGACCAUAAGCUUGGGCGAUCAAAAAGGUCUAAAGGCAGCGUUGAGGAGUCACAUGGGAAUGUUCUCCCGUCUGAUACCAUCAUCAGAAACGGCUUCUUGCAAUGCUCUUUACAGCACUCCGAGCACUUUGAAGCCUAUUCAGAAGCUGUCGAUGGCAAAAAGUGGGACCGAUAUCGAUGUAACUCCUAUUGAAAUCCACUUUCUUCACGACAAAGUGACUAUCGAAAGACCUUCCAGUUCUGUGGGGGAAAUUGGAAAGUAUAUAAAAGUUCCUGAGACCAAAGUCAACUUUCAGUUGCCAGCAAAUAGACGACCAUCGAUAGCGGUCGUCCAGCCAACUCUUCGGGAACGAGUUCGAGGAUCACCACGAUUCCCCCAUCGAGUUUUGCCCACCUGUAGUUUGAGUGCUUUAGAAGAGGGUGAUGAUAGAGGAAGUUCGCCAAAUAAAACACGUGCCAAUCUGAAUCAAGCCUCGACAGCAGGCAAUUGGAAAUCAAUGGAAGUAGCUCCUAAAUCUACCAUAUCACUAGACGAUCCAGCAUCGGAUCAAAUAUUUGUCCUUCCUGAUACCUUGUCCUAACAAGGUGCUACUGAUGCACCCUCUUCCUCGUAGUUAGAAACUUCUGAAUCCACCUAAAAAAAACAAAAUAAAGUACCCUGAUCUCGUUUAUUUCCUAGCAUAGAGCAAUACUACAAUCAAUGAGACCACACACCAAAAAGCAGUAAGCAAUAACUUUUAGUUUUAACUAUAAGUCCUUAAAAUAUUUUAAAAAAAAAGACUCUUUACAUAUAAUAUAUUUUCAAAAAAAUAAAAAAAUAUAAACAUUAUUUUAUAAGAGUGUAUGAGUGUAUGUAGAUUGAAUCUUUUCAUAUCGUAGACUAAAGCAAUACUUUAAAGAAAAAAAAAAUAUUAUUAUUAUUAUAGAGAAACAAAUAAGAAAAUAAAAAAUUGAUAACUA